AAUGGCGGAAUACAAGGGAGCUGCGAAAGAAGGCGCUAGGGCCAUGGCCCUGAUGAAAAAACGAGAAAAAAUGAAAGCUGAUAUUGAAGCUGCCAAGAACAAGAUAUCUGAGAAUCACAAGAUUGCAGAUAUUAGCAACAAGUUUUCAUCUCACUAUGAUGUAGUUGAGCAGCAGCUCAAGUCAAGUACUAUAGGUUUGGUGACCCUGGAUGAAAUGAAGGCCAAACGUGAGGAUUUGGUGCGAGAGCAUGAAAAGCAGCUGGCUGCUAAACUUAAAUCUGAUGAAGCUGAAGGGUUAGGAGAAAUCACUGUUAAUCAUAUUUAAAGAGGUCACUCCAAAUAGCUUACUUUUUUGUCUUCACCUAACAAGUAACCAUUCAGUUUUCCACUCACCAAAGUUUCAGCUUCUAAAGGGCCUGCUAUCCUGAAGAACUUUGUGUGAAAAGAAACCCAAAAUUUGACCUUGGACACAGGUCUUCAUUUUGAAACUGUACUUGAUACUUGACUGCCAGACCGUGUUUGCCUUUGUAACUUCAUUCCGUCCAACUCGAAUUUGGUGGGAAUCAGAAAAACCUACAACUGACUUGGCAUCCUUCACAAGAUCAGCAAAAUGUUUUUCCUCCAACCAAUUAUCCAUUAUACUAUCUUCACUAGUAUCUUUUUUGGGGUUUAGAGCAUGGUUGGCUUGAAAUGAUAUGGCUCAAGAGCAGCCAUAACCUAGAGUGGUAGUUAAAAGAGUUGUCGCAAGCUAUGGACAAAAUUCUUUGGAUGGAAAUGACAUCAUGAAAACGCAGCCUGGCUGCUGAGCACUGUUCAAAAUAGUGGCAAUGAUAUCAAAUUUUGGGUUUCUUUGGAGAUGAAUUUCAUAAGGAAAACCUGCACUUUAGAGGCUGAAACU